AUGCAAGACUUCGACAACGAUUUUACCAAGAGCAGCAGCUCUUCCUACAGCUCCUACAAAUCGCAAAUCGGACCCCGAACAACCAAUGUUCAACGUCGUGCAGGUGGCCCACCAGGUAUCAUGACCCGCAUGUACCAAUCUUACUCGACAAGUGGUGGCAGCGGUGGUUUCAGUGCUGGAAGCAUUGGUGGUGGAAUAUCCAACUUAGCAUCAAUUGCAGGUCUUGGCAAUUUUGCUGGUAUUCCAUUACGACCAAAUCGUGGUACAUCAGCGUUAGUUGCUGUGAAUGAAACACGUGAAAAAGAAAAACGUGAAUUGUGCCAAUUGAACGAUAAAUUUGCUCAAUAUGUUGAAAAAGUUCGUUUCCUCGAAGCACAAAAUCGCAAAUUACAAUUGGAAUUAGAUGCCCUUCAAAACAAAGCCGGGCAAGGUUCAUCCAAGAUCAAGGAAAUGUAUGAAGUUGAAAUGAGCGAAGCAAAGAAACUUAUCGAUGACACAACACGCGAUCGGGCAGCAGCUGAAGUUAAAGCUCGUGAUGCUGAAAAAGAAGCUGGUCGUUAUCGUAAACGUUACGAAGAAAUUUUAAACAGUCGAGAAACUGACCGUUCAGCCAUCGAUCGUCUUCAACAGCAGAUCGCUGAAAAUGAAGCACAAAUCAAUCUCUUUCGCCGUCGUCUAGCCGAUCUCGAAGACGAAGCACGACGAUACAAAGCCGAAACUCAACGCUUAGCAUCGGAAAUUGCUCGCCUACAAAACGAAAUUCAGAAUGAAACCUUCGUUAAAAGUUCGCUCGAUACAGAAAAGAUGGCUUUAGAAGAUGAGUUAGCCAUGUUGAAACAAAUGCACGAGGCUGAUCUCAACGAAUUACGCUCGAAAACAGUUGUCGAUGUUAACUUGGAUCCAUCGCACUUCUUCCGUAACGAAUUAGCACAAGCUAUUCGAGAUAUUCGCAACGAAUUCGAAGCUUUAAAUGAUCAACAACGUGCAGAUUUACAUAAUCGAUAUAUGAUGUCGUAUAACGAAUUGAUUCUUCGUCAUCAAAAACCAGACCUUGAUCCAAUUCAAAGCGAACAACAACGCAUUCAAGAAGAAAAACUGCGUACAACAUUAUUAACCACACGAAACGAAGUUGCACACAUGAAAGCACGCAACGAAGAAUUGAAUAAUCGCAUCCGAGAACUUCAAUUACAUAUCGAUCAAGAACGAGACGACGGAAGUCGAUUAAUACAAAAACGUGCAUCUGAAAUCGAUGAAUUACGUCGUAAAUUAGAACAAUUGAAGAAAGAAUACGAAGAAGUCACAAACAUGAAGACAUCAUUAGAGAAAGAAAUCAACACAUACCGAGAACUCUUGGAAGGAACAAACAAUCGUGAUGGUCUUAAACAGAUCGUUGAUCACGUUGUCGAAGAAGCACGACGAAUGGAAGCUGAACGAGCAACAGGUGGCGGUGUCGCUGGUUCAAUUGCUUAUUCAGGUGGUGGUCGUCAUACCACUAUUUCACGUACGUUUAUCACCAGUAGUGGCACAAGUGCAACCAAUCAAGGAAUAGGCAGCAUCGUUGGUAGUCCUGGUCGAUCGGGUGCUAGCUAUAGCGGUGGACAAGGAGGUGCUAGUGGAUCGUAUUCACAUACAUCAAGCCGUCGCGAAUUCACCUCACAGAAUUAA